UUGAACUCAGGGGUUUGAGUGAUCGUUUGUAACAUUCCAUGUCAGCUGCCGGUCAGCCGUUGUCACUUCUGAAGGCUACACUGGGCAGAAUAACACGGAUAAUACAGUGCGCCGCCCGCAUCUCUGCUGUACAACUCGCAGUCAAUGAAACCCCUCCUGGUUUCAAAUUAACACCGGACCUCUGGCUACACCAGGGAAUUCCACAAAUUCACAAAUUCUUUGGGUGAAGAAGUUCCUCCUCAACUCAGUCCUAAAUCUGCUCCCCCUGACUUUGUGAACUGUUAGUUCACGUCGGGCAGACAAGAAAUGACCAUUGGGAGGUGCUGAAGAAACAAGCAUUUGUGUGCACAGAUUCUUGGAGGAAUGAAACUCUCUGCACUGAUAGGGGAAGAGAAACAUUGCAAGCCAGAGAGGCGGAAUUCCACAGAGGGAACCGGUCCAUUGACCCGUGUCAGAAGCAUGUUCUGCCUGCCCGGGAACAAACUGUCACGAAUAUAAGCAGAAGAGUUCUGUCAUGAUGACUCUCGUACUCCCAUUUCAGAUUGCAUGUACUUUUUUGUUUACUCAAGUCUUGUCAUCCUUUUGCUUGCAAAAACUUGACGCUGAUCAUGAAACAGUUGUGAAGAUUUCCAGUGCAGGACAAUUGAUGCAGUGCUCUGCAGCUAUUGAUUUGUUGUUCCUGCUGGAUGGGUCAUACAGUAUUGGCAAAGGCAGCUUCGAAAGAUCCAAACAUGUUGCAUUCAAACUUUGUGAUGCUCUUGAUAUAAAUCCUGACAGGGUCAGAGUUGGGGUAAUCCAGUACGGUUCAUUCCCAAAAUUUGAAUUUUACCUGAAUUCCUAUCUAACAAGGGAAGAAGUAAAGGAACAACUUAAAAGAAUUAUAUUUAGAGGUGGAAGUACACAGACACCCGUGGCUUUGAAGUACAUUCUGCAUAAAGGUUUUACUGGUUCAAGAAACUCAUCAGUUCCUCGAAUUCUUGUCAUUCUUACCGAUGGCAGAUCUCAGGGUAAUGUAGAACAGGCAGCAACACAACUGAAAGAAAGUGGAAUAAUUGUCUUUGCCGUUGGAGUCAAAUUUCCAAGAUGGGAUGAGCUUUACACACUGGCUAGUAAACCCACUGAAAGCCACGUCCUAUUUGCAGAGCAUUUUGAUGAUGCAGUCAAUGGUCUCUACAGCACACUCACCAGCUCUGACGUCUGCUCUGCUAUUCCUCCAGCAUGUAAACUGGAAUCCCACUUCUGUCAUCGUAAGUCACUAGAAACAGUGAAGGAAUUUAAAGGAAAUUUCAUGUGUUGGAAGGGAUCAAAAGGAUAUGGUGGGCCUUUUUCAACAACGUGUCCUUAUUACAGUUGGAAGAGAGUUUAUAAAACACAUCUUGCUCGAUGCUACAGAACAACUUGCCCAGAUCCCUGUGAUUCACAGCCCUGUCAAUUUGGAGGCACAUGUAUCGCUGAAGACUUUGAAAAGUACCACUGUGUGUGCCCCACAGCAUUUGGAGGAGAUGCUACUUGUGCUCCACAGCAAGGUCUGGACUGCAAUGCAGAUCUUUUGUUACUUAUCGAUGGCUCUUCCAAAGUGACAGAAGAAGGAUUUCUUCAGCACAAAUCAUUUGUGAAGCGAUUUCUCCAAACUGUACUGACUGUAGAUGGUCAAGUCAGUGUUGGAGUGGCACAAUUCAGUGAUGGUGUCCAGAUGGAGUUGCCAGUGGGUCAGCACAGUGAUGUAUCAGAUGUCGUUAAAAUGAUCGAUUCAAUACGUUUUAAAGGCGGCAGCACAAAGACUGGCAAAGCUCUGCAUUACCUUACCCAGUUUGGAUUCAAAACUAGCUCAGCACUUGCAAAAGUUCAGAAAGAUCAUCCCCGUGUUUUAGUUCUGCUAACUGACUCGAAAGCAGAAGAUUCAGUUGCUGAAUCAGCCAAAAAUGCGAGUGAACGCAAGGUCUUCCUUCUUGCCAUUGGCAGCCAGAGCCGUCAAUCCGAACUGGUUGGAAUUACAGGAGAUCCACAGCGUACUAUCACAUAUUCAAAUCCACAGAGCCUCUUGAAUAAGAUUCCUGAACUGAACAAGAAAAUCUGCAGCGUUGAUAAUCAAGGAUGCUUAUCCCAGCCUCUAGACCUGGUCUUUGCUUUGGAUGCAUCUGCUGGAGUUGGAAAGGACAAUUUUGAUAAGGUGAAAGAUUAUGUGAAGAGCAUCAUCACACAGUUUGAGAUUAAUCGUGACAUUACCCAAGUUGGCCUUGUAAUUUAUGGCAGCAGACCUAGGACAAUAUUUGGCCUCGAUGCUUCUGAUUCAGGUACAAAUCUCCAGAAGGCAAUUAGCUUGGCCCCUUACCUGGGUGGAACUGCCUCCACUGGCAGUGUUCUCCUUCACAUUUAUGAUGAUGUCUUGAGCAUCCGACAAGGAGCACGACCUGGUGUGAACAAAGUGGCUGUCGUGCUGACAGAUGGGGCGAGUACAGAUGAUGCAGCCGUACCUGCCCAGACCCUGAGGAAUAAUGGUAUCACAGUCUUCACUGUAGGAAUCGGUGAUGCACAGAAGGAAUCACUGGGGAAGAUCGCUGGUUCUGCGUCUCACAUGAUAAUGGUACCGUCCUAUGAAGAUUUGAAAUAUUUUGAAGAUACUAUUGUCCACAGAUUAUGUGAAGUGGCCAAGGUACCAAUUAAUCUGUGCAAACCCAAUCCAUGUAUGCAUGAUGGAGAGUGCAUACUGCACAAUGCAAGUUAUCGUUGUGAGUGCAAAAGUUGGGAGGGAGUCCAUUGUGAACACAAACCACGUGGCGAUUUACCCAGGAUACAUCGGAAACGACGUCGCAGACAGAGGAAACAGCGGCGCUUAAACAGAAGAGGUAAAAGAAGGUCUCGUAAGAGACGCGGACACCGAAAGAACCAAGAACCAUUACUUUAAGAGGAGUCGUCUAAUCCUGAUUUACAUAAACUUCUUAUUUCAAAGUGGGCUCAUGAGUCCAAACACAAAAAUAUCAAAAGAAUUGAGUUUCAAGGUUUUGUCAAUCUUUUAAAGUAAUGUGGAUGCCACAUUGCUCUUUUUCCAGUUUCACAGAUAAUGAAUCAAAGUGUUUUCUUUUAUUUAAAAAUGUUUCAUAUGGUACCUACAUUUCUCAAAGAACCAUUGUUAGUGAACUAUGUUUUGACUGUGCUAUCAACUGUUUGCAUAGGUUAUCAGUCAAAGAUCCUCCUAGUCUAUGGAAGCUACAACAUAAUUGCAGAAAGCGUUCAAUACCACAUUGCAUUUUCUGUACUUUGAUUACACGGAUCUUCACUCAGAAAUAUAGUCAUAAGACUGUUGCACAGUUAUAUUGACUGGGUCUUAUAAGCUAUCAAACCAAAGAAUUUGUUUUACUAGCAACCAUCAUAGAGAUUUGUGAUUCAAAGCUUAGAGUUGUGACAUGUAGCGUAUUUAUCCUCCAUCAUGUGGUUCACCUCUUAAGAAGAGUUAGACAUUUUCUGCCCUGCUGUAUUAAAUAAGCAGAUUUACCACGAGUGAUUUCCAUGUCCAGUGAUGUGUUAAAUAUAUGAGAAAGAAAUUAGUAUGCAGGCUAAUGUGGAGAUCACUGAAGUAAAUCUGACUAAUUAACUGGAUUGGUCGUGUCAAUCAACUGAUUGGCUUAGGCUUCAUCACUAAAAGGAGUGAAACUGACUGAAAAUUAUUUUAGCCUAUGCAGUUAUGAUAUGUUUUAGGAGAUUGGUUAAAAUAGCGUGCAUUUUUAAAAAUAAGAAGGUGGACCUUGGUCUCUGUUUACCAAUUUGAACUGAGUAUACAAUUAAUUACAAAAAUAGUUUAUAAUUAAAUAUAUCUAUCAAUGGCACAAAAUCUAUGUAAUUUUUGAUCAUUUAUCCUCUUCUGGGGCAGUAUUCCUUUUCCAGCAAAACCAAUGACUUUAACUCAAGAUUACUCUUUCUGAAGUGCUGACUUUCAGCAACUACAGCAACUUACAUUUCUGGAAUGGAAUUGCAAAACACCGAAAUUAGCCUAAAUAUGGCAGAGCCAAGUUUUUGAGCCAUUGAGCUUUGAUUUAAACAGCAUACUUUGCAUCUUUAUGUGAAAAUAUUAUUUUGUGUUAGAAACACUAGGAUCUAGACAUAAUUGGAGCAAAGUCUUGCAUUCUGACUUGAACUGCAGUCUGUAUAUCUCAUUGUUUUCUCUAUAUAUUUGUUGAAAAUACCUGUAAGUCUCAAGCUUGAACUAGUGUUCAUUUUAUUUAACGACGCAACACUUGUUUAUCCUGUAAUAGAUAUUUAUAAUAGGCCUGAGUGAAUUGCAUUCUGAACUAGGAUGACAGUACUACUUAUCAUUGCUAUGUAAUUAUCAUACAGACUGUUUAUAAUCGUUAUUUGGAGACAAGCGUGUCAUUUCUAGAACUACUUAGGAGUGUGCAUGCCUGAAAUCCCACUCCAAUCGCUUGAUGUCAGAAGUUAUAUCCUGGGCUGUUCCCUGUCUCUUUCUUGGCUGUAUUUAUACUUGUUUCAGGUCCCUUCUUGUCUUAGUCUCCUUGGUUUCCUUGCUACAAACCAUCCUGUUCUUUAUUUUGACUGGAUUUUCAUCAGUGUUGUAACAUGAAUAGCAAGACCUAGGGAUACUGAUUUCCAGGAGACUGCAGCACAAAUGUUGCAAUAAUUUCAACUGCAAGUCAUUCCUCCUCCACAGAAUAUACACCUUUUAAUUUUAUGAACCAGUUUUAGACAUGAAGAUAAUUUUAAAAAUCAGAUGUCAGAUCACUAGCGAUUUCUAUACAGUAACCGUGUGUGGGUGGCUGGGGGAAAUCAUUCACCUGCAGUACUUGCAUUUAAUUUACAUGAUCUCUCAAAGCAGCUUUCUUAAAAUCUCAUUGCUACAUAGUGCUGACUUCGGUGGUGUUAAAUAAUAACAAGUAAUAAAAUGUAUAAGUAAUAAAAGCAGCACCAGGUGGCAUGGUGGCUUAGUGGUUAGCACUGCUGCCUCACAGCACCAGGGUCCUGGGUUCAAUUCCAGCCUCAGGUGACUGUGCAAACUCCACACAGACAUUCUCCCUGUGUCUGUGUGGGUUUCCUCCGGGUGCUCUGGUUUUCUCCCACAAUCCAAAGAUGUGCAGGUGAGGUGAAUCGGCCAUGCUAAAUUGCCCAUUGUUUUCAGGGCUGUAUAAGUUAAGAGUAUUAGUCAGGGGUAAAUAUAGGGUAGGGUAAUGGGUCUGGUUGGGUUACCUUUUGGAUGGUUGGUGUGGACUUGCUGGGCCGAAGGGCCUGUUUCUACACUGUAGAGAUUCUCUCUACUCUCCGAGUAAAUGUAAAAACUGGACCAUAUUGUUUACAAUGGGUAUUCUUUAGAUACUGAGCAAAUCAGUAUGUGAUUGUUGUGCAACCUUCCGCACAUGCAAAACAUGUAUUAGAUUACUUAGUGUGGAAACAAGCCCUUCGGCCUAACAAGUCCAUACCAACCCGCCGAAGCGUAACCCACCCAGAUCCAUUCCCCUACAUUUACCCCUUCAUCUAACACUACGGGCAAUUUAGCAUGGCCAAUUCACCUAACCUGCACAUUUUUGGACUGUGGGAGGAAACGGGAGCACCCGGAGGAAACCCACGCAGACACGGGGAGAAUGUGCAAACUCCACACAGAGAGACGCCUGAGUAUCUUUGCUGUUUUACCAGAUGACCACUGCUAACACCUUGUGGUAUUUGUCACCUCUACCAGUUUGUGGAACUGGGUAAGGGUUGUGUCAAGAGUUCACUUUCAAUUGGAUAGACAAUUUCAUUUAAAAGCAAAGCACUGUGAAUGCUGGAGACCUGAAACACAACAAAGUGCUGGAGCAUCUGUGGAGAGAGACACCGAGUCCGAUAUCACAACUUUCAGCCUCUGUUCCUCUAAAUCAGUCUCUGUUUUAGGAAAUAAUUCUUGAGCUUAUUUCUAUAUAUUACUUGGUUUGAUAUUGUUAUUUAUCAUUAAAUACUGCCACAAACCAAAAUCAUUGGGGCAAUUAAGGAGCAUAGUGGAGUUGGUUAGAGCAUAAAUGUAUUCUGGUGUACUGGUGUGAUACUAAAAAAGCAAACCCAAAGUGAUAUUGCACCUCCACUGGGUGAAAGAUGUAAUUUUAACUGGACAAAUUUAUGUGGCAGUUUCUAUUAUAUAUGUAGGGAAAUAAUUUAGAAUGGAAAAUUCACACAGAAUAGUGACAUAAAUGUGAUAAUAGGAAGUAAGGUUUUAUAUAGAUUCAUGGAGAUGUACAGCAUGGAAACAGACCCUUCGGUCCAACCUGUCCAUACCGACCAGAUAUCCCAACCCAAUCUAGUCCCACCUGCCAGCACCCGGCCCAUAUCCCUCCAAACCCUUCCUGUUCAUAUAUCCAUCCAAAUGCCUCUUAAAUGUUGCAAUUGUACCAGCCUCCACCACAUCCUCUGGCAGAUCAUUCCAUACACGUCCCACCAUCUGUGUGAAAAAGUUGCCCCUUAGGUCUCUUUUAUAUCUUUCCCCUCUCAUCCUAAACAUAUGCCUUCUAGUUCUGGACUCCCCGACCCCAGGGAAAAGACUUUGUCUAUCCUAUCCAUCCCCCUCAUAAUUUUGUAAACCUCUAUACGGUCACCCCUCAGCCUCAGACGCUCCAGGGAAAACAGCCCCAGCCUGUUCAGCCUCUCCCUAUAGCUCAAAUCCUCCAACCUUGGCAACAUCCUUGUAAAUCGUUUCUGAACCCUUUUACGUUUCACAGAGUACGACCAAUGCAAUAGUUCCUCGUUUUAACUUAGAAAUGACUAGUCUUUUAGUGUAAUAAAUACACUCACUUAUUUAAACUUUGCACACAGUAUAAUAGACUAUAUCAGUCAGACAGGUCCGUAUUAAUUUUUCACACUAAUCUAGCUGUUCUUCUCUUUAACUCUUUCAGUUAAUAAAAUUAUUGGCCAUAAUUAAAAAGUAAACAAUUUGCUCACUUUUCUCUUUUGAUUUUUAUUCUAUUUCCUACUGUUAGCCUUCUCUUCUAAUCCAGAGGAGGGAACACAAUUUUCUAUGGUCCUGUCAAAAGCUAAUUUCAUUGCUAUUCUGCUCAUCAGCUAGUAGGAGGUGACCAGCAAUGAUGACAGCACAGUAUUUCCUUCCUCCCAUGAAGUCAACAAGGUCAACUACCAAAUGCAAUGAGUAACACGGCUGAAUUAAAAUAGUGACCAAAAUGGGGUUUAAUUUCUACUUGGACCUGCAGUUCAAAGUUAUUUGUCUUGCAGUUGGACAACUACUCAGAUUUUUAAUUUGAAACGUUAAAAAUGAAGAUACUACAAAACAAUGAGCAAAGUUGAAGUUUUAAAAUAGGAGUUAUAAGUUUUAAAAAAAACUAACUACUGACUUGUGGAUUUUCACAGCAAGACUUUAAAUAAGCUACAUUUAGUAUAAAAUGAGAAUGCAUUGUUAUUAAUUACAGUUCAUUGUACUCUUAGAAAAAUGAUGUGAUAGUAUUUUAUAUAUAAAAUCUUGUAUCCUCUUAUGCACAUGAUGUUUACCCAAUAGUGUUAGAUAUGCCGCAUCAAGGAUUUUAAAAUAGUUUCUACUUUCAUGAAUUUCAGAAUGAAAUUAAGCAAACUUGUAAUAAGUCUAAAUGACACAAUGGUGCUAUAUAAUAUUAGAAA